GUUUCAUAAUAAUCUAAUCAUAUAAUUAGUUCCCAGCCAAGGAAUGUUUUCGCAACUCUUCAACAGCAUGGCGGACAUACCGUUCGAACAUGACUACAAGUGUUACCCAGUUUCUUUUAUGGCCGGGGAAAAUAGAAAAGAUGUUGACACGGGAGGUAAAAUAAUAAUGCCGCCCUCCGCGCUGGACGCAGUUACUCGACUCAACAUUCCUUACCCGCUCCUCUUCUCCCUGAGGAAUCCUGUAGCGGAUAGGACAACUCAUUGUGGAGUGUUAGAGUUUGUGGCUGAGGAGGGACGCAUCUACAUUCCUUACUGGAUGUUCAGAAACCUUUGUUUACAAGAGGGCCAGAGAGUUACUGUCAAAUCAGGGAACCUGCCCAAAGGAGACUUCGUCAAGUUUCAGCCUCAAUCUCCCGAAUUUAUUGAUAUUCACAACCCAAAAGCUGUUCUGGAGCGAGUGUUGCGGAAGUUUGCGUGUCUCACAAAAGGGGACACAAUCAGUCUCAACUAUAAUAACCAUGAGUACGAGCUCUGCGUUCUCGAGUGCAAACCAGCAGACGCUAUAUCCAUUAUAGAAUGUGAUCUAAAUGUAGAUUUCGCCGAGCCGAUAGGUUACGUACCUCCCACGAAACAGAGAGCCCCAGUUGAGGAGGACGAACCAGCCCCACUCGUGGUCGACUCUGCUUUCUCUGCAUUUGCAGGGCAAGGUAACGUGUUAGGACGUCGCAAGAAGAAGAUCACCACAGAUUCAGCAGUGUCUCCAAAUGUAAUCAUCAGAGGACCCGACCUGGACUUCAAGAUCGGUAAAAUUGUCUUCACACGUGCAAUACCUGUUGUAGGAGGGGGUGAUGGGUUUGAGGCUGGGUUCGAGGCGUUUACUGGCAGUGGCAACACUAUCAAACAGAAGAGAAAGAAGUGAAACUGAAAAGAGUUGGAAGUGAAACUACCUUGAGUUUGGGUUGCAGAUGAGCUAGUAGAGUCGCAUAACAGCUUCGUGAAUCGUGAUGCUACAUUGUUGAAAUAAGACUGAAGUUUUCCAAAGCGGUUUAUUUGGGUUGUGCUAUGAAACAUUGAACACGAGCAGAAUAUUAUGGGCUUUUUGUAAAGAUAUAUUUAACUAAUUUUGAUUUUGAUCUGGUAAUUUACCGCUCAAAUUAGUGGUUAUAAGGGUAAUGAUUCAGCGGGCCUGAUAACUGGGUGAAAUGAUAGACGAAAUUAUCAGUGAGUGAAAAUGAUAUAACUUUGAAUUGCUGUUAGUGUUCGUUAUUUAUUGUUUUUAA